GACAUGGAGAAGGCCAUAUGAAAGGUCCAUCUCCAUUCCUCAAUAUAAUGUCAUGUUUUUCUUUCUAAUAGAUGGACAUCGUGUCAGGAAUACUUUGGAUAAAGAUCCCUCUAAUCCUGAGGAAUCUUCUGACCAAUCACAUUCUGUUACUUCAGACCUCCAUCUCCAUCCUCACAGUGCAGAUUCAUCAACACGCCCAUCUAUACCCAAGGAGUCUUCUCUGAUCCAUGAAGGGUUUCCCACAGGAGAGAGUUCAUUAUCGUGUUUGGAGUGCGGGAAAUAUUUUAAGAGGAAAUCUGAACUUCUUCUACAUCUUAAAACUCACCCCAGUGUGACCUUUUCAUGUUCAGAGUGCGGGAAAGGUUUCUCUAAGAAAAGCGAACUUCUUACACACCAGAAAAGUCACAAGGGUAAGAAUCCUAUUUCAUGUUCAGAGUGCGGGAAACACUUCAAUUUCAAGUCACAGCUUCUUAUACACCAGAGAAGUCACACAGGUGAGCGCCCCUAUGCGUGUUCAGAGUGCGGGAAGCAUUUCACCUGCAAAGAAAACCUUGUUUUACACCAGAGAAUUCACACAGGUGAGCAGCUGCACUCCUGUUUAGAGUGCGGGAAACGCUUCAAUUUCAAAUCACAUCUUCUUAAACAUCAGAGAAUUCACACAGGUGAGCGUCCUUUCCCAUGUUCAGAGUGCGGGAAAUCUUUCAGCAGCAAAUCAAACGUCCUUUCACACCAGAGAACUCACACAGGUGAACACCCAUAUUUAUGCUCAAAGUGCGGGAAAGGUUUCUCUAAGAAAAGCAAACUUCUUACACACCAGAAAAGUUACAAGUGUAAGAAUCCUAUUUCAUGUUCAGAGUGCGGGAAACACUUCAAUUGCAAGUCACAGCUUCUUACACACCAGAGAAGUCACACAGGUGAGCGUCCAUAUUCAUGCUCAGAGUGCGGGAAAGGUUUCUCUAGCAAGGAAUACCUCGUCAUACACCAGAGAAUUCACACAGGUGAGCGCCCCUAUGCAUGUUCAGAGUGCGGGAAGCAUUUCACCAGCAAAGAAAUCCUUCUUAGACACCAGAGAAUUCACACAGGUGAGCGUCCUUUCCCAUGUUCAGAGUGCGGGAAAGAUUUCAUCAGCAAAUCAAGCCUCCGUUUACACCAGAGAACUCACACAGGUGAACGCCCAUAUUUAUGCUCAAAGUGCGGGAAAGGUUUCUCUAGCAAUUUAAACCUUGUCACACACCAGAGAAUUCACACAGGUGAGCACCCUUAUGCAUGUUCAGAGUGCGGGAAAAGUUUCAGUAGCAAAGCAAACCUCCUUAUGCAUCAGAAAAUUCACACUGACAAGCAUUCGUAUUCAGGUUCAGAGUGUGGGGAACGUUUUUCUGAUGAAGUAACACUAAAUAACCACCAGAGAGAGCGUCCGUAUUCAUGUUCAGAGUGCGGAAAAUGUUUCACCCAGAAAGGACACUUACGUAAUCACCAGAAAACUCACACAGGUCUGCGUCCUUAUUCAUGCUCAGAGUGCGGGAAAUCUUUUGCUGAAAAAUUAAACUUUCGUAGACACCAUGCGGUUCACACCCGUGACUAUGCAUUCUCAUGUUCAGAGUGCGGGAAAGGUUUCAUUGCGAAAGAAAACCUUCUUGUACACCAGAGAAAUCACACAGGGGAGCGACCUUUUUCCUGUUCAGAGUGCGGGAAAUCUUUUAUCAGAAAAAUAACACUUAGUGUACACCAGAAAAUUCACACAGGAGUGCGUCCGUAUUCAUGUCCGGAGUGCGGGAAAUGUUUCAUUAGUAAAGCACACCUUCAAAAUCACCAGAAAACUCACACAGGUAAGAAACCUUAUUCAUGUUCAGAGUGCGGGAAAUCUUUGGCUGACAAAGGCAGUCUUCGUAGACACCAGUUAAUUCACACCGGGGAGUAUCCAUUUUCAUGUUCAGAGUGCGGGAAAGGUUAUAUUGAGAAAGCAGCCCUUCUUUCACACCAUUUAAUUCACACAGGUGAGCGGCCUUAUUCAUGUCCAGAGUGCGGGAAACUUUAUGGCAACAAAGGAAGCCUUGUUAGACAUCAAAAAUCUCACACGGGUGAGCGUCCUUAUUCAUGUUUAGAGUGCGGGAAAAGUUUCGUUGAGAAAAGACUCUUGAUUUCACACCAGAGAAUUCACACGGGUGAGCGUCCUUAUUCAUGUUCAGAGUGCGGGAAAUCUUUCACUCAGAAAGGACACUUGUUUUUACACCUGAGGACUCACACGGGUGAGCGUCCUUAUUCAUGUUUAGAGUGCGGGAAAUGUUUCCCUCAGAAAGAAGGGCUUGUUCGUCACCAAAAAUCUCACAAAGAGAAGCAUCCUUAUCCAUGUUUAGAAUGCGGGAAAAUUUUCAUUAGUAAAGGAAAUCUAAGUAACCAUCAGAGAAAACACACCCGCUAAAUCCACCGACGAAUGUAUUGUAGGGUUCAAUGAAGAAAAAUAUGUAGUUUUUCAGGUGGUACAACUCUGUAAAAGUGACAUGGUGUGUGUCUGGUUUGCUUAGACAUCUCCUGGCUUCUUCUAUUUCUUGGACCCUCCGGUUGGGAUCUCGGCCCCCCACAGUUCCUGGUUCUGUUCCCGCACACCUUGGGGGCGUGUAGGAGAUCAUAGGCUUCUCUAAUCUGCCAUACCACUCUGUGACCUCAAUGUUCUUCUUCUUGAGCCACUCCUUUGUUGCCUUGGCGGUAUGUUUUGGGUCAUUGUCAAACUGUAACCAAAACGAUAAAUUAACAUGAGCUAAUUAACUAGUCAUUUAACCAGCCUAGGUUUAUGUGAACACAGGUACAGACUUUUAUACACUUGAGGAGGUUUCACCCUUCUAAUUAUAUUACCCUAACAAUACAAACUGUAACCAAAAACAUAAAUUAACAUGAGCUAAUUAACUAGUCAUUUAACCAGCCUAUGUUUAUUUGAACACAGGUACAGACUUUAUUAUAAACUUGAGAAGGAGGUUUCCCCCUUCUAAUUAUAUUACCCUAACAAUACAAACUGUAACCAAAAAGAUAAAUUAACAUGAGCUAAUUAACUAGUCCUUUAACCAGCCUAGGUUUAUUUGAACACAGGUACAGACUUUUAUACACUUGAGAAGGAGCCCCCCCCCCUCUUCUGAUUAUAUUACCCUAACAAUACAAACUGUAACCAAAAAGAUAAAUUAACAUGAGCUAAUAAACUAGUCAUUUAACCAGCCUAGGUUUAUUUGAACACAGGUACAGACUUUUAUACACUUGAGAAGGAGCCCCCCCCCCCCUUCUGAUUAUAUUACCCUAACAAUACAAACUGUAACCAAAAAGAUAAAUUAACAUGACCUAA